AACAUCGCCGUCUCGCAAAGUGUUUGACGUUUCCGACUCGCGUGUGCUCUUUUUUAUUUCCACUAAAAUAUUACAAUUCAUCUGUCCUCGUCUCCACUUCCACACACUGUUAUCAACAAGUUGCUCUGGGCUAUUGGAGAAACUCUAUCGCUGAUCCCCGGAACGGCUCAUCGCCAGUUAUCUCGAGUUUUCAGUCUAUAGCAUACUUUGCGUUUUCCUUUCCCGAGUAUCCAAUCUCCGGCUUCCGCUGCGGGAAAGCUAUUCGCCAAUUGAAGGAUCUUGUGAAAUAAUAAUACGCCACCUGAAAAUCGACCCCGCCGUGUGAAUGUGAGAAAAUGAAUAAGAUAUGGGUUGCCUUCGCAGUGUUCGGUGCAAUAUCAAUUUUGCCUGCUAACGGCCGAAUUGUGAAACGAAGCUAUUCAGACCAGAGCGUCCGUGGGUACCUAACGGAGAGAACGUGCUGGUGGAAUGAGGUCUGCAAAGAGGAAUUUCAACAGCUCUUUCGAUGUAAAUGCCCCCAGUGGUCCUACUGCAGAUCACCCGGUCGCUAUUACAACGCCUUCUGCUCCAUGACCAACACCGGCUACAUCUGGACGCAGCCCACGUGGGACUGGGAAACUGCCUAACACGUGAUGCUCACAAUCGUUAUACACUCACUGCUGUCGUUUGUUGUUGUUUUCGCACUGAGACCUAAGCGUAGAAAUUUUACUGGGUUCCAAAAAGUUCUACCGUUUAACGGUAAAAGUGCCAUCAUUUACGGUUACAUCAUCAGGAACCAAAGCGGAUCGUAAACGGCAACGGCAUUCAUAGAGACCAAAUAUUUUAUAUACAUAGCUUUAUAUAAUCAAUCAUAUAGUAGGGCCAGGUCAUACCGCGUUUUACACUGCAUUUUAUUCGUUGAACCAUGUUUUACUUGUUGCAGAUUACAAGGGUUAAAGCCCGAAACAGUUAUAUUUCCUAUGAAAAUACACUACUUAAAAUUAAUAACAACGGAUAAAAUAUAUAUUAUACUGCUAAGUGUACCAUAAGAGAAAUACACCAUAUCAGCGGUUUGAAUUUUGAUCCAAAAUUGGACACAGCAAGGAUGUCUCUUUUUCGUAUGCUGUAUGCACUUACAUAUCUCGGACUCAAAUUAACUAUCAUCGAAUAAACUAUACUAAUUGAAAUGAAGUAUUCGUUACGGAAAAUAAUCCGAACAUUUAUCAGAAUCACCUAUUCAGACUUAAUUAAAUAAAUAUCAAGGAACAAUGUUUUGAUUGUGAUUAGCAUAGAUUUUUGCAGUGAUAUAGAUAGUGGAACAACUAAGCAGAAAUCAAAGGAUUGUUUGCUAUUGUUUCUAUGCAUACAAAUAAAGAAAUGAUACAUAUAUACACCAGUAUCUGUUGCGUAAUUUUUGCAUAUAAGAAAAUUAGUAAAGAGCAUAUUAUGCACCUAUACCCAUGCAACAGAUCAUAUAUGAAUAAAACACACAAUUUUAAAUAAAACAUU